AUGGAUAUCAAGGAUGUCUCCGAGUCAUCGGAGAUGGCGUCCCAAUUUCGAGCAAUCCUCGACGAUGCAGAGCGUUCCAACCGUCGGAAUGGCGAGAUUCCCCGCGACCAUCUGCCUUCCUCCCUCUUGGUCGGCCAGUUCAACGCCGCGACAACUUCCAGAGGGCUUCCCGACGGGAUGGAAAGAAUGGUCACCACCCAAGUGCCUCCGCCGUACCCUCCCUGCACCCGUCCAGUCCGCACCCUUACGCUGCUGCCGAUCUCAAAGAUGAAGCUCCAGGAGCACCACCGCGGUCAUCUCGUCAUCGUCCGCACGCUUACGGUCACAUGCAGACCCAGCGCAAUCACGGUCAUCGUAGAAGACGAAGAGGGUACCGCUGUCCUGCUUCAGUUGUACAAUCAGCCGGAGGAGAGCCUCGUCAAGGCCGGCGACGUCUUGCCUCAAGGCAGCGUGUGCCUCAUCAAGGAGCCUUUCUUCAAGGAUACCCCGAGCGGCUCGUACAGUCUGCGAGUGGACCACGUUGGCGACAUUGUCAUUCUUUCCAGCAACGAUGAGCGUGUCCCAGCGGUGUGGCGAGCGCCCAGAAGCAUCGGCGGUGAUUCUGAGCAGACUCGCUUGCAGGGCAACGCGGCGGUCGCCGAACAAGAUUGGGGAACAGCUGAGCGCCUGUACUCUGACGCAAUCAGCUUCGCCACAACCAUCCCAGAGCAGCAAGCAGCACUCCUGAACCGUUCUCUGGCAAACCUGCGCCUCGAUCGCCCCGAAAAGGCGCUCGAAGAUGCCCUCAGAGCUCGCGAUGGCGGCGAUCCGACCGAAAAGGGUCUCUUCCGUGAAGCAAAGGCUCAUUAUGCAAUGGAGGAAUUCAGCCUGGCCGAGAGCAAGCUUGUCGAAGUCCUUGACCUCAACGCCGACAACAAGGACGCCAAAACCGAGCUCAAGAAGACCCGUCAUCGUCUUCACGAGAUGCAAACCGGCGAGUACGCAUGGAAUCGGAUGUACAAGCAGGCCAAAGCAACUCCACCUACUAUCGACUGCGCGACGUACUUUUCGCCCGUCGAGGUGCGUGCCUCUCCGGGACGCGGUAAUGGCCUCUUCAUCACCAAGGCCGUCAAGGCUGGUGACCUGCUCCUCUGCGAGAAGGCCUUCGCCUACUGCUACGCCGACGAAGAUGACCCCGCUAGUCGCAAGAAUGUCAAGGUUUUGAUGAACAUGAGUACGAAUCGAUCGAGCAUGGGCGGCCAGGCCAACCUCGUGUCCUCCGUUGUACAGAAGCUGCACCACAACCCAUGUCUGAUGCCGCGUUUCAUAGACCUUCACCGAGGAGGUUACCGCGCCGUCAAGCCGGCUGAGGGAGAGGAUCCCCCGGUUGACACGUUCCUCGUAGAGAGAACCGUCAGCCUGAACUGCUUCGGCGCCCCGCGCACGAUGCUUGCCAACCUCCCACAACCCGGCAAGAAAGUGGAAAUCGGACACACUACCUGCGGCAUCUGGACCAUCGCCUCCCAUAUCAACCACUCUUGCUUGGAAAACUGCUGCCGCUCCUUCAUCGGAGACGUCAUGAUCAUCCGCGCGUCGCGGGAUAUGCCUGCUGGCACAGAGCUGGUCUUUUGCUACCAGUCAAUCGACAUCGGAGACGACUAUAAGGCGACUCAAAAGCGAUUCUCGAAAUGGGGCUUCACCUGCGAGUGCGAGCUGUGCCUCAACAAGAAGAUGACGCCAAAUGCAGUCUUCAUGAAGCGCCAGGCUAUUCGGGAGGAUAUGAUUCAGGCCCUCCGGGGUUGCAAGACGUCUCUAGCUCAGGAGCGGGAAGCCCUGAGACUUGUGCGAGAGCUUGACCAAUGCUACCCGAGCCGUGAGGGAGCUCUGCGUUUGGGGUCCUGGGACGGCUAUCUGUCCCUCGGCAAGUGCUCCCUGGCGCGCGGCAAGAUGAGGGAGGCCCUGGCGCGCACGAUCAAGGCGUUGGAGGCAACAGGCUUCAUCUUCGAGAACACGUCAAUGGAGGAUAUGCGCAAGGGAUCGAAGCCAGCCAUCAAGAGAUGGGGCGAGCUCUCCAGCUGCACGGCUGGGGCUUUCACUUCAAUGUCGCGCGCUUACGCAGUUCUCGCGCCGCAGCUGCAGAAGUGGGCGAAGGACCAAGCCCGCACGGCGCAUGUCAUCCACAUAGGCGAGGGCGAGACAGUGGGCACCGUGCAUGAGUAUCAUAACUAG